AUGCAUUCGCAUCCUACUCGCCCAUCCGCGGCAAGCUGUGGAACUGCUGUAACGUGUCAUUAUGUUCUCCCAAAGCACCACAUUGGAGGUGAACUCAAGACUGCCCAGGAUGUCUUCCAUAGGGCUAUGGCACUUACAGUGAUCGAACAUCCGAUGUUACAAGUGGGAAUAUUGAACGAAGACUCGGCUAUGCCAUCAUGGAUCGAGUUGGAUGAUGUAAAUCUCAGUACACAUGUGACUUGGGAAAAGAUCCAACCUAAAGACUAUGAUGCUUCUUUGAAGGAAGCUAUCGGCAGCCAACUCGACACUUGGUUUAUCGAUGUUGAGUCUAAGCCAGGGUGGAGAAUAUCUGUUUUAUAUCCAGAAGGAGCUUUGGGGUCACUGGAUGUCAUAUUCUGCUGGAACCAUACCAACUUUGAUGGUGUAGCAGGCAAGAUCUUCCACCAGAGCUUGUUGCGUAAUCUCAACGAUUCCAGAGUUGGCAACGAAUUGGAUUGCCUUAAAGACAAUGUGCUGCACCUGGAAAGCGUUACGGAAAGAUUCCCGCCGCCUCCAGAGAAGCUGGUCAAUAUCCCUAUCUCAUGGGGAUAUGCUCUGUCCACCGUUUGGAAAGAGCUGAGACCGCCGUUUCUGGUAUCGAACGAUCCUACACAGGCAAAUUGGGCUCCUAUUCACGAGGAGCCUUAUCGAACUGUGUUCAGGACCAUUUCCAUCGACGACGCAACAUUGAAGAAGGUUGUUGAGAAGUGCCGAGCACACAAGACAACUAUUGCAGGUCUUCUUCACGCUCUUCCCCUAGUUUCUCUCUCGCUACAGCUGGCCGAAGGCCAGAAGCAUCACAAGAAAGAAGCCAAGUCAAUGUAUGCCAUCACUGCGCUGGAUAUUCGUCGUUUCAUUCCCGCCAAGUCUGACGCAUAUCCUUGGCAUGACCCCAGCACGACUAUGGAUAAUCAGAUGGCGCUUUGCGACCACAUGUUUGACGAGAACUUAGUGUCAGAGCUUCGUAUCAAGGCUCAAAGCGUGUCUUCGGGUGAAGAUGUCAUGGCAAAGCUCGAGGAUAUCGUCUGGUCCGCCGCUGUUCAAGCCCGGAAGGAUAUCCAGCAUAAACUGGACCAGGGUAUGAACAACGAGCCCUUGGGCUUGAUGGGCCUCGUGAAAGACUGGCGCACGCAGAAGAAACAGCAACUCAAGAAACCACGAGUUGGUGCUUGGGGAGUCUCCAACCUGGACAAUCCAUUCCAGGGUCCAGGCCAGGUGAGGUUGAAGUCUUGGUCUAUACGGAUACUCCGUGACAAACUCUUCAUCCGUACUCUCGCCUCGCUCGGCAACCCGCUAAGCUUCGAACGCUUGACGGGGAUCAUCAGACGAAUUAGAGCCGAGGAGUAA